AUGCCGAGUUCUUCUAAAUAUGCAGCUGCAGUGCUAGCCGCACUCAUUUCAUUAUCCUCUGCUCAAUCACAUACCAACUGCGAUCCUAUGGACAAGACUUGUCCAGCGGACGAGGGCUCAACGACUUCAACAUUCAGUUACGACUUCACACAAAGCUCGGAUCUCAGCCAGUGGAACACAACUUCUGGAACUGUGACCAGCAGUGAAAAUGGUGCAGAGUUCACUAUCAACGAGAAAGGCGAUUCCCCAACCAUUCAGACUGAAUUCUAUAUCUUUUUUGGAGAAGUCACAGUCACCAUGCAAGCUGCUCCUGGUACUGGCAUUGUCAGUUCGGCGAUUCUGGAGUCUGAUGAUCUUGAUGAAGUUGACUGGGAAAUGCUAGGUGGCUACACAACCAAGAUUCAAACGGAUUAUUAUGGAAAGGGAGACAGUGGUGAUUACGGUCGCUGGACCUGGGUGAAUGUUUCAAAUCCCCAGACCAACUUUUACACCUAUAAAUGGGUCUGGACUGAGGAACAGCUUACAUGGUCUAUUGACGGUACUGUCGUUCGCACCCUCAAAUAUGAAGACGCUGUCAACGGCACACGUUACCCACAAACCCCAAUGACAGUUCGUCUUGGUAUUUGGGCUGGUGGCGAUUCUGAUAAUGCUGAAGGUACGAUCGAGUGGGCUGGUGGUGAAACCGAUUACUCAGAUGGCCCAUACACCAUGUAUGUCAAAUCGGUCGAUAUUGUGAGCUAUUACCCAGCCGAAUCAUACAACUACACGGAUAAGUCAGGGUCAAUGGACAGCAUCGACAUCAUUGGUAGUGUUUCAGGGACCACAUCUGUAUCAAGCCCUAGCACAUCAUCUACCUCUUCAGCAUCGUCACAGUCAUCCGACUCGUUUAUCACCUGGGCCUCAAGUGCUACCCCAACGGUCAUCGCUCCGGCUGCCUCUUUGGGCUUUACUGGUAGCCUGGGCACCCUUUCCGUGAUGAUCAUGGCCUUCAUGAUCAUUUUGUCCUUCGUUUGA